AUACACGAGAGAUCAGUACAGUGUUAGUGCUAUUGGCGGCGAAGCGGAAAAACUAGAGUAGUCGAUGUAAUUCUUGCGUAGAUCUGUCUUUACGGGCGAAAUCGGUUCGGAAACUACCCUAAGAAAGUCUUGACGACAAACGUUUUAUGUUAAUAUACCUGUUUAGUGUUUACGACUACCAUGGCUAUCCCCAAUGGGAGAGUUCCGAUGAAGAAUGCCAGAAGUCCUACAACUUUGUCACCAAAUAGAUAUUCACCAGCAAAAGGAAUCCCACAAUCUGCAACGUCCUCAACUCUCCGUGAUACAAGCUUAGAUGAAUUGGAUCGCAUUAUGGACACUCUGUCUACUUUGAGCCGAGGAGCAUCGUUAGCUGGUGGAGGAAAUGGUCCUAAGGGAUUCAAUGGCCCGUCGCCAUUGAGUUCAGAUCAAAUGUCGUACCCCACGACAGGGACUGGAAGUGAAAGUACUACUCCCUUUUCUGCAACUUCUCCAGUACAGGGUUUCCCAGUAUCAUCACCUAUGACACUACCUCCCCCAAUGACGUCACCUCCACAAACUCCAGUGGCGCCAUCACCGAGACAUUAUUCAUCCAACCCCAAAAUCAUGACAAUGUCGGCCAUGCCUUCCCACCAAUUUCAGGGAUUUGAAGGGCUGAACGAGGCCCGCAAUCCGGCUACAGUUCCACGACUCCCGAGUAAUCCGUACGAAAACACAAGCAUUCUUCAUGGAAGUCACAUGAUGCGUCCUUCAAAUCAUUCUACUAGCGACUUUGCAUCUUUUCCACAAAGCUCGAUUCCCGAUUCGUACAUCAAUAGCAACUAUAAUACAGAAAAUAACGGACAAUUUUUCUUUGGGCCUUUACCGGUUUCACCCCAGCAAAAUAAUCAUGGGCGUUACCCCCCUACAGGCCCGAAGCCUGCUUCGAUGAUACCACAUUCUAGCUCGGAUCCAGACUAUAGUCAAAAUAAAAACAGAAAUAAUAGGGAAGAUUACGCCCCAGUAAAUUCAAACGCACAAUCUGGCAGCCGACCAAAACAGAAUCGGCGGCAAAAUCAGGAAUCAAUGACAUUGCCUGUUUAUAACGAAAAAAGAAGCUACCUCAAAAACCUGGAACAAGGAACUUUACCACGACCCAGAAUUGAAUCCGCGCGAAUAGAAAGUUCUCGUCCAACCACGCCGCAGUUGAGUAGAAAACUGCACAAGCCCAAACCUAGCCUGGGUGAAGAGGCUGCAAAUAGUUUAAAUCGACUUUCUAUGAGACGCCACUCAAGCAAGGGGUUAAGACGUCCUGCUGGAAAGUUCGGGUUGCGAAACUUAUCCAAGACUUCAUCCAGACAUUCUACAACUUCUUUUAACUCCUUCGACUUGGGUAGAGGAUAUGCUUCGGUGUCUACAGCUCCAGCUUCCACCCAUGGGCUAAUUCAUCACGAGAUUCUACCGAACGGAAGAAGCAAGGGCGAUGUUUUGUUUCCCCUGCCUGUUGAAUCAACCAACAGCGGUACUGAUGUGGAAGAUCAAAAUUGUUGCAUGAAAUGCGGGACCUUUCUGUAUUCUCACAUGUUAGAACUCUUUGUUAUAGUGGCUUUUUUAGCCGGUAUACCUAUCGGAAUCAUUCUUCAGGCCACUAAAUUCCAUACUACCUCCGCAUUUGCAAAGUACUAUUCAUUUUGGGGUUCAACAAUGCUACCGGCAGUGUUAUCGACAAUUACACCAAUGAUUAUAGUAAGCUCCAUGCUGACCGGGAUGUCGAAUUUGACCCCCGGUAUUUUGAGGAAACUAACUGCCCUAUCAGCAAUAUUCUAUAUAAUUUCAACAUUAGUAGCAGUGUUGAUAGGACUGGGAUUUUCCAUUCUCAUAAAACCUGGGAAAAUUGCAAUGCCUAGAACGAAUUCAACCAAUAACAAUUCUCUGAUUGGAGAUAUAAAUUGGACAGAUCCGAAAGAACUUCUUCGAAACGAAUUUUUUAAAGAUGCCAGAUAUUCGGUAUAUGCUUUUAGCGAGGAUACACUAUUCUACAACACUUCACAAGUGAAAAAUAUUACAGCUGCAGAUGAGAUAUUGUCGCUAAUACGAUUAUUUUUCCCUGGGUGCGGUAUUCCAAACAAAGAAGAUACGACUUCUGGGUUAUGCAACGUUUUUGUGUUAGCAAUUUUUGCUGGCGCUAUCGGAUAUGGCGCUUCCAUUAUGAGGGCUGAAGGAGGACCCAUUCGUCACGUGAUAUCACAAAUAGGAACUGUAAUGUCUAACAUGGCGGAUAUUAUGUUAUGGUAUCUCCCCAUUGGCAUUGUUAUCUACGUUUCUGAAAUUUCUGCUACCAGAAUCAACUGGGAAAAUGUUGGUAACACACAGCAAACAACGGAGAUGGCAGAUUUUGGUGGGAACACUACUGCUAAUUUGGGUGACGUCACAGAGAUCAACAUCGCCACCAUGUGGUACCUUCUCGCCGUUUUGGCGAGCUUAGGAUUGUAUUGUCUCGUUCUUAUGCCUCUAGCUGUCAGCCUGAUAACGCUUUCCAAUCCUUUUGCAUUACUCGGAUUUAGAUCAAUAGCCCCACUUCUCGCUGCUACCACUAUAGGCUUCAGUGACUUGUGUAUACCAAUCACCGUGCGUUGCCUUCUCAAAAGAAAAGGAACAACGCGUUGUUGCACGCCCCAAGAAAAAAUAGACAGUCGCAUAUCUAGGAUAUCCGGUGUGAUGGGUGGAAUCUUUCAUCGCGGAGGUUCUGCAAUCGUUAUCGUCUGUUCUACGAUGUUUUUGUGUCAGUUGGGAUAUGAAGAAAUAAGUGCAUUCGGGAUGGUCGUUAUGUGUUUUUCUGCAACUAUAACCUCUGUGACGUCGCUUGGUGGAAGAUGGUUUUACGGCGGAGAUCCAAUGAUUAGAGCAAUUGUUGUUGGAAUGACAACUGCUGGUGUGACGUCACCUUCGGUAAUUCCAAGAAAAAUACUCACAAUGUGGCUUAUUUCGCGUCUUGCUGCCUUCACUGACACAAUUAUAGACUUUUUUGGGGCACAUUUACUUCAAAGAGCCUGUACAUCUGAAUUAGAAAAAAUUUCAAUUGUGAGAGUGGAAUCCAGCGACUCCGGGAGCAGUGAUUCAAGUAACCUCGAUAACAAAGUUGCUGAGAUUACAAGUUCAGUGAACAAAAGUCCUCCUGUACGGACAAAUAGCGGCGAAAUAAGUGACUAUGAAGAUGCUCCUCUAUUGUUUAGCAGAACGGAAAGGGAGGGAAACGAGUCCAGCUCCGUAAACAGUCAUAAUGACGACUCCGUAUUUCUUCCAAGUAAAUCUCAUACCUCUCGAAAUCAUCUUCAAGCUGAUACAGGCGUAACAAGCCACACUAGAAAUCUGCAACAAAGGCAAAUAGCGUUGGCCAAUCACGGACUGCACUCAUCAUCUGCAGCAAACCAAAAUAUAGCAAACACAGCACGUGAUCUAGGGCCGAGACAAAGUGAAGGUGUAUCUAAUCCAGCUAUAAAUAACAAGGAUGAAAUAUCAUUUGUUACUUUCUAACUUUUAGAAAUAUGAAAAAGAAUUGUCCAAAUAUUCAUUUUAUCCUUCAUUCUUCAACAAUAUUUCAUUUGAUAUGUCGCCCUUGAGUAUAAUUUGAUAAUCCCGUGUCAUAGUACCAAAUGAAUCUCCCAAUUUCUAUUUAUUGAUAUUGAAUUGUUAUGUUUUUUUAACUUUUUGUAUUCCUUAAAGUUUUUCAUAUUUUCUGGCACUAUAUUGCACGAGUAUAAACGACCAAGUUUUGUAGAACGAUUCUCUUAUUGUUUCAAAACUCGCAAUUGUUGCUUGAGUCAGUCGUAGAAUGUUGGAGAUUGUAUUCAAAAAUGUUUUUAUGUUCCUUCCCCACAUAAAUAUUUAGAAAGAGUGAAAUUAUCGCCGACCAAAAUAAGAACAAGGAAAAUUCAAAUUUUAUACGAAAGUUAUUUAUAAUGAAAUGAUAGUAGGCGUUUAGUAUUUCACUUCAAUGCACGUGUUAUGUCUAGUCUUUCAGACAAGAUUUUGGAUGAUUAAAUCCCACAUUACCGAAAUUUUUAUAAGCAUUUUUGAAUCCACAGUUGCUCUUUCGAAACUAUUACCGAUUACAGCAGAUCGAGAAAAUAAGAUUGAAUCAUGUUUUUUGGUUAUGUUGUUAUGAAUUUGUUCUUGUCAUUUUUUUCGCUGAAAAAUAAAUUACUUGUAUUUCUUG